AUGCCGUCACUCCCGCAAGACCAACCCUGGUACCAGUUUGAGAUUGUGACUGUUAUUUAUUGUAAGUGCGACAUGUGCAGGAACCACAGCGUGAUGAGAGAAAGAGAGCGCACAAGAAACACCUGUCCCUACACUAACUGCAACUGUGACCUGUGCGGCCUAACCAAGAAGCGCAGAGACAUCAUGAGACUCCAGCAGAGAGUUCGGAGGUCGCAGGUGACGAGCCAACAGCGUAACGAAGCCUAUGACUACGUGAGGAGGACCACAGCGGAGUUGGAGUUAGCUCAGCUGUCUGUGGACAGCAACCAGACCAGCCGCGUCACCCCUCCCACAGUCACCACUAUCACGACCGCCACCACCACCACCACCACCCCCCCUGCCGCCGCCGCCACGCCCGUGGUCAACCUCCCGCCCGCCACCACCGCCACUAUCACCGCCCCUUACACCUGCACGAGUAACAUCAUCUCUACUUCUUCCUCUUCUUCUUCCUCCUCCUCCUCGUCUUCCUCUUCCUCCUCCACCAGAAACAUCAUGCCCACACCUCCCGACUUCACUUCCCCAAUGAUCUCCAACAUGGCCGUCCCCAGGAAUGCUCUGACGCCCUCGAAGGAUCCUCCACCGCUGGAGCUGAUGGAGAACAGUCCGCAGCGGCAGUGUGUUCCCAGACACAUGAUGGUCCCAGAACCCAGGAUCCCAGGGCCCCUGGGCUCCGUCCUACACUGCGACACCGCCUCUGGCAGCCUCGAGAUGGGUAACUUCCAAUCCAUGAGUAACAGCGUCGUCUGGAGGAACCUCAAGAGAGAAAGAGAGAGAGAGGAGAUGGAAAGCAGAAACCCGAGACUGUUCAGAGAGACGGACCUCUUCAGGGACAUUGACUUAAUGCGAAACAAUAACUCUUUCGGGAGAGAAGAAACGCUCAGAGGCGUCGACAACAUGUGUUCUUACGAUACUGUGAGCAGGAUGGAGCUGGUCACGUGUCAGGACUCGCCACCCUUCAGGACACACGCACCAGGAAUCGAUUCGACACUGGCACUAACGGCGCCAUCAAAAAAGACCCGCUUCAGCAUCCCUAACGACGACCUCCAUCUGCGCUACAGCCGGGAGCUCUGGGGCGGCAAUCCGAUGGAGACGAGCUUAAACCGGGUCACCGAUGACCUCCAACAGGUAGGGUUCCGCAGGAUGACCAUCAACAACUCCCCGGAGAUAAGGAUGAGGUCACCACCUGCGUUGAUACCCCUUCCUCAGAAUCAACCUGUGAGACCCCAGCCACUCACUCCCUUCAGACCUCCCUCGAACUUCCCUCACAGCAUGGAGUGGGAACACGUCAGCCUACCACUGCCAUACUCGUACCUAGCCUGCUACAGCCUGCUGCAGACGCGGAGCUACAACAGCACCUUACCCACCUCCCCGUUUGGCCUAGGCAGAGUGGCUCCGUUCCUGCAUCCGUCAGUGCCGUAGUGGGCCCGUCACUACCCGCGUGUCAGUGUAAUUAUCAUGUUUCAUAAAUUGGACUCAUUAUUUAAGUUCUCUCCUAUACUCUUUAUGUCUACACCUCACAGAUCUUCUCUAGUGUAUGCCGUAAGUCUGUUGGUGUUGAGAAAGAGGACAAAGAUAUCGAUAAUCUCUAAUACACAGCAGUAGUCUGUGAGUGCGGCGACGGAGUGUUUAUGUCGAGGAACAUAAACAUGUCAUUAGUGGCGGUAGUGUCGCUUCUUGUUCCUCGCAAUGGUGUGAGCUAAAAUAGACCGUCUUGAGUGUGUUAUCGUGUUGUACGCUAACCUCACCAGUCACACACACACACUCACAAUGUCCCCCUGCUGCUGGACUGAGCUGAAACUGUAUUUGUGGACACAUAUGAAGAUAAUAUAUAAUUGAAAAUAUUUUUCAACCUGAUAUACUCAAAUCUGACUCUUAAAAAUGUAUUUCAGGGCAUUGUGUGCUCAGAAAUAGGUGUAUCUACCAAGAAACACAGCUGAAACUCUAAAUGGCUACAUUAUACGGUAAAUACUAAAUAAAUAAUGAUGUUUUUUUUUUUAACGAAUGGUCUUCAUGGCAACAGAUGACUCUAAGAAUGUGCAUUUUAAACAAACAGACCAGUACCUUUUGGCAUAAAUUUUAAUGCAAUAUAUGAACAAGACAGGUAUUUCUUCGAUCACAAACAAGCCUGAAGCUGUCUCUAUGAAUACAGUUCAGGUUAAUAUAAGAUAAAAUAAGUUUGUUUUCUUUCCCCGUUUUCCUGUUAUUGAAAUUAUAUAUCCAUUUAUAAUGAAGAAAAAAACGAAUAAAUGAAGAAAUUGAAAAAUGUAAAAACGAACAGAUGAUUCGAUAGCCAGAAAAAAUAUAAACAUGAAUGGCACACUGUGUAUUUUGAUGAAGGUGAGGAGGAGGGCGCGCGCCACCUUCUUAAUGAGAAAUACUUAACGGUAGUUGAUCACAGUUAUUCGUUUUAACGCACUGAAGGUAAAUCAGGUAUUGGAGUAAGGAAAAAUAACAGAUGUGAACUUAAGAAAAUAGCAUUAAAAUCGUCAGAGAAACGACAAGUAUGUUUGCGUGUGAUCGGACGAAGGAUUACAGGAUUAGGUAUGGCGGUUACACGAUAGAAUCCAACCAAACCAACCAGAGUAAUUUUACAUCGUUAGAGUAAUUAGGUGUGGUUAGGUUAGGCUGGUUUCGUUUAUUGCCAGCCAUUAUCUAGUCCCGUAAAGUCUGAGUGAGGUGUGUUGGCAGUCGCUUACAGUGUUGUCAAACCGGAGCUUAAGGCGCCCAAUUAGGCUAUUUAAAAUUUACUCGCCGUUUCCAAAAAAUCGAACCUCGCAUCGUCUACCACUGGAGUAAGACACAUAAGAAAAGCAGCGACAUUGGAGUCUAUAAUACAACACUUCAACAGUCUUAUAACAAUAAAAUGACCGUGAUUUACAUUGUAACAUUAACUUAUCCUUGUGUUUAAAUUCUGCUAGAAAAAUCAGUGCCGGGUGCGGUGGGUCUACGAUUCGCGCCCGGGAAACUCCAUAGUUCACCCAUCCGUAAAUAGGUGCUUAUAUUUACGGUUUGGGGAGUGAAGGCCUCCUUGUGUAGGAAAAACAUGUAACGAUGGGUACAGUCGUGGCAUCCCCGCUUGGCUGGGUUUUAGUGGAUCAGUACCCUUGUUCAGUUCACAUGUUCCGACGGUAUACUUUAUAGUCUUUUUUUUCGACUGAUUUACUAGAACACAUGACUCCCUCGAGGGCACCGAAUGACCAAAUUUAGUAGGCUUCCAGAACACAUCUAAUAUUCUGAUGUGUAUCUCAGAAUUAUAAUAUGUGAUUCCCAAUUUACAAUGUAUCUGUCUAACCUGUUUAUUACCAGUUUGUUGAUUCCCCAACCACAAAAUAUAUUAUUGUGAUUAUAAACCAAUGAUUGCAGCUAGAGUGAACGUAAUCUUCCAUAACAUAUGAGUCUGUUAAUACAGAGUCUACCCGGUAUUGUUUGUGUAAAGCAACCGUUCAUCUGUGUUUUUGUAGGGGAUGACUGGUACGGUAUUUCUAAAAUGUGGGCUCUUUACUGCGUCGUCGUAAAGGUAUUGGUCUUUUGGCAACACUGAAUCUAACCUAAAAAAAAAAGAAAAAAAAAGCUUCUUGCCACACAUGAGCAUUUAACACUAUUCUCUUAAAUUCACUCCUUUCUGUAGUACCGGGAUUGAUAUUCUCUGCAUCAAAGCGAACGUGCAGGAAAAUUCUGUAACAAUUUCCGAGCAACAGAGGCGUCCUUCCUUCUCUUAAAUCUGUAUCAUAAUUUUUUUCUCUACUAAAUAUGAAAACAGCUGAGGUCUGCUGGUGAUAAGGGCAAGUGUUGCGUAAGAGUAACAACACGGGAGGAACUACAAAAAAUUCUAUGGCUGUUUUAAGGGGUUAUGUUUUAGGGCCUCAUAGUUAGCGUGUGUGUGUGUGUAGACGAUGACAGUGUCUAUGAACCCAAAAAUCAGUGCCGUGCCAACUUUGAAUCCCUGAACUGGCGAAUAAAUGCUGCCUUACUCACCUAACCUGAGUAAGCUUAGUCGACCUAAUUGAUGUUUGUUGUGAUGGAGUUAACUGUUGUGAAAUCCAAGAAGGUUACACUCAAGACUACUGUGCAAACAUUGAGUAAAUCAUAAAAUGUACAAUUACAAAGCCCGCGGUAUAUGGCAGCGUUAUCAGCCCGCCCUAUGUAGAGCUGUAUACUGUCCCACAAGGGAUGCUGUAACGGCAGAGUGGAUACAGAGUACUGUACUGUAUCCGCACUGCUCCGUGCUGGUUGUUAGGUCAACGAGGCCCAAAUUUCACUUUUCACUGUUCCACAGUAUUAUAGAAGCAGCUCCGAACGUGUAGGAAUGAAGCCUUCGUCCAGAACAGGCUUGAGGAAGUGACCAAAGUAAACUUUUGUUGGAAAAAGACCAAACUCAACGAGGGUUAAGGCAGAUAAAAUAAGGCAGCCUUUGAACCCAUUAUGAACAUAAACAGGCGUGUCUUGGUUUGUUCUGUGAUGAACAUAGGAACGCUGGUACGGAUCAGCGAUAGGAAUUGUAUUGGAUUUUUAUUUCAUUGUUAAUUUUCAUACUAAUUCUAUAUAUUUUUUUUUUUUUUACAAAACUUAUGAUGUAAAGAUGCGGUCAAGAAGUCGCGUCUGUUCUUGAACACUGUUGUAAAUAUUUAUACAGUAUUUGUUUGAAGGUAAAUCUGUGAAGGCUUACGAGUAUUGAUUUAAAUAGUUGUAACUCACACUAGGCUGGCAGCCCAGGGUAGGCUCGUGCUCUGGUAAUACUGCCGUGGCCGCUAAUGUCCAUGUGUUCUAUGAUGAUUCGUCAGUGUUCAGCUUUUAACGUUAAACGUAACUACAUAUACAUAUAAUACGUCAUAUUUUCAAGUCGUAUUUUAUCUAUCACAAAAUGUAGGUCUAGAUAUGAAUUCACACACAUCCAUACGAUGUUAUUCAUCGUCACUGAAGAUGUAAGAAUGCACAAAACUGGUUCACUUAGUAUACAAGACAAUAACAUAAAACAGUUAAAAAAAUCUAUUAAGACUUUAACUAGAAACUGUUGCUAAGUGAACGCCUUUUGUUAAGAGUCUCGGUAUUUUUUUUUUGUUACAUUAUUUGUACUUAGCUUAAUCCACGUAAUUAAGUGCAUUCUUACAUUUUUAAUUGUCAAGAAUGAACAUAGUAAGAACCUUUGUGAAUCAGGACUCAGCAUUUACUGAUAUUUCAUGUGUUUUAGCACAGCUGCCGCUUUGCCUAGCAUCUUCAGGAUUUUUUCCAGACUAUAACAACGAACCGUUUUUAACCUUCAUGUCUUCAGUAAAAUAUCUCGUUGCUAAUAUUUGUUGGUGGAUGAUGGUGAGUUCAAUAUGUACCUGAGGUGUAAUAUCAACAAGAUAUUGUUUUACGUGGGGAGGUCUAAUGCGAAUUAAUUAUACAUUAUAUAUGUGUGCAAACUGCAAUUUUAAGCUGGUAUUUAAACAGUAGGGAAAAACCUCGAAACUGGUCUUCCUUGUAUCUCAAUAUUUUAUUCGGAGGAAAAAAAGCGAGAAAUCAAUAAUCGGUCAUAACUGUGUUACGAAGGACGUACUGGUAAAUAACGAAACCCAUUAAAAAAUUCCCUCAUAGAAAACAUCGGUCAUUUAGUGUCAGGAAAGUCGGGUAUUGGGAUGAUAAAGCAGCAAAAUACAAUAGGUAAAUGAUUCGGAUAGUAUGGCAUUUGUGAGAAUAUUUACCCUAAAAUAGACAUAACACAUAAGUCGUAGGCCGAAACUGCGUAUAUUGUAAAGUUUAAAAUUGCUAGAUAUGGUUAGAAUUCUACACUGGUGUUAUGAUGUUAUGGAGUUUGUAAAGUACACUCGAGAUUCAACAUAAAUGGUGUAAUUUUCACUGGUUUUAGGAAUGUUGUUCUCAAGCCAAAUUUAGAGAAAUGGGUUACGAUCUACAAAUACACAGUAACUUGUGUUCAACAUUCACUUCAUUGCUCCACUUUCCACCCACUCGUGAAUACGUCCACAUUUUUUAACAGUGAUCAUAAUUUUUUUUUUUAAAUACUCUGUUUGUACCAAACUAAAUCCUAAUAAAACCGAGCUGUCAGUGUACAAAUUUACUCAAACCGUUUCAUUGGCCUUGGAAUUUAAGCGAGCUGUUGUAAUGUCAGAUGAUUAUGUGUAAAUCUUGCAAUUAAAAUUUAUACAAAAACGUGAUAAUAAACUCGCGGAAUCAUUAAAAAUAUAAGAAAUACUGUACCAGUUUGAUGCAAAAGUAUAUCGUUGCCACUAUACAAGGUAACAUUACUGAAGACAGCAUUAUCCUAUAAAAACGUUUAACACAUUAAAAUCUGUUUUAACUUUGCUUUUCUACAGCGUCAGACAGCAAAGUAAGGAAGGAGUGGGAGGUAGAAUAUUAAACUCAAGGGACCAAAGAGUAAGCUUUUGAUUCAGUGUUGCCAUUAAGGGUGGUCACUAGACGCCUCGCCAAACGACACUAGAAUUAUAAAUGUUUAUCUACUUUAAUUAAGCGAUUGUGCCAGCAUGGGCGUCAUUUUCUAUUUCAUUGUCUAUAUAAUAAUCAAGCCAUCAAAAUUCCUCAUAUGUACACAAGAGCAUUUUAACUGUGGCUUGCUUGUGCUUUCCUGUGACGUGAGGACUUGUUGAAUGUUUAGGCCCAUAAGUCGGAAAUACAGAGACGUUUGACAGCAUAACCUUUCAAAUAUUUCGGUAAUUCGUACUGCAUGUUAAGAAUAAAUCUAAUAAUUCAAAUGAUAUUGACUUUAGAUCGUCGACUGUCACAAGAAUAACGCUUUACUGACCGUAUUUAUACAGUCACCGCCACGGAUCUCUUGUUAUUUGGAUCCAAUUUGCUUGAACAUCACACACACACACCCCAGGCGGGAACUUGUUAUCUCGUUUUGAUUCUCUUUUAUUAUUAUUAUUAUUAUUAUUAUUAUUAUUAUUAUUAUUAUUAUUAUUAUUAUUAAUCAUUAUUAUUACUAUUAUAAUUUUGUGUGUAGUCAUGAAUAAACUUGGUGAAUAUUUAA